CCCAGCCAUUAAUCACUAGGCACCAUUCCCUGCCGCCCGGAACAGCCAUGAAGACUUUCCUCGUCCCUUGGCUGCACUUUCCCAUUCUGUUCAUAGGAAAAGUGCAGUCAGCACCAGACGUGGUAGCUCAUUUCGGGGGGGACGUCACCCUGAGCUGCCUCUUCCCGUCCCAGCCCGGGAUGAACCUCCAGCGUCUGACCCUCACCUGGCAGAAGGAGCGGGCGGGGGCAGAGGCCCUGGUGGUUCAUAGUUAUUAUUACGGGAGGGAGCAGCUGGAGAAACAGGAUGAGGCUUAUAGGAGCUGGACCCGGCUGGAUCCAGAGGGGCUGACUCGGGGCAAUGCAUCCCUGACACUGAGGGGCGUCCGCACCCAGGAUGAGGGCGUCUACCUCUGCCACGUCACCUCGGAGCUGGGCAAGACGUCUGAACGCAGGGAGCUGAGAGUGGCAGCCCCGUUCAGCGAGCCCCAGCUGACCUUCAGCCUCUCCAGCGCCGGGGUCACGCUGACCGUCCACACAGGGGGCGGGUACCCCGCGGCCACGAUGCGGUGGCUGGACAAGGCAGGCAGGGAUGUCACAGCAGAAGGUGCCACGGAGCAGCAGGUGGAUGAACAGGGGCUUUACCACAUCACCAGCUGGGUCACGGUGCCGCCUGCAACCCACAGCCCCAGGCUGACCUUCAUAUUAACCCCUGGUGUGCUGGGGGCAACAAUCACCCGGCCACUGAGCCUGCAGCUGAGCCCAGGACUCCUGGGUCCCCCGGCCUCCUGCCUUGAGGUCUGCCUGGCUGUCAUCUGUGCCGCCUGCCUCUUCAUCGUCCCGUUAGCUGUUGCGUUUCUCUACCGUCUCCGCCAGGGCCCGGCUGGAUCCCGCUCUUGGAGGAAGGCUGAGGAGGAGGAGGAGGAACAGAAAGAGAUCUCCUGCCCAAUCCCAGCCAGCCCCACUGGCCACGAGCAGCCAGCCGGGCCUGAAUCCUUGGGGAUCUUUGGGGGAGAGCUGGAGCUACCACGAGCAAGAUCUAGCACCACCCAGGCUCCAUCAUCUCCUGGCAACUGA